GCUGUAAUUCUAACUUCACCUCUGAGAAUAUAGCCCGCGCGAAAGCCAGGGGACAACAAGACUGUCGCGAAGUUCCGGUCACGACCGUAAGGUCCGAUCAUGUAUCACCCUACUAGAGGCGGCGUUCGUGGCGGUCGAGAUCAAUUUAAUUGGGACGAUGUGAAAGUUGACAAACAUCGGGAAAACUUCCUUGGCCACAGCAUCAAAGCACCUGUUGGAAGAUGGCAAAAAGGGAAAGAUCUACACUGGUAUGCACGGGAUAAAAAAUCGAGUUCGAAUGUGGAUGUUGCAAAGGAAGAGAUAAGAUUGAUCAAGGAGCAGGAGGAACAGGCAAUGAGGGAGGCUCUUGGAUUAGCUCCUAAAACUGCUGGCAGAUCUCAGGGUAAUCGUCUUGAUAAGCAUGAGUUCUCAGAACUUGUGAAGCGAGGUAGCACUGCAGAAGACUUGGGUGCGGGCCAUGCUGAAGCUGCACGGGUUCAGGGUCUUGGUUUUUUGAGAGCUCCACAUGCCUGGGAAGAAUCUAAGUCUCUUCUGCCUGAUCAAACGGGCACCUCUGCUGGUUCGGAGAAAACAGAUAUCCCUGACCCGCCUGCUAGGAAUGCAGAAGAAGAGGAAGUGGAGGAUGAAAAGAACAGCAAGAAAAGGAGGCGUGAAGAGAGGCGCGGGGAGAGGCAUGAAGAGAGACACGAGAGGCGAGGGGAGAGGCGUGAAGAGAGGCGGGAGAGGCAUGAAAGGCAUGAGAGACAUGAAAAGUACGAGAAGAAACAUUCUCAGGAUUCCAAGAAGAAACGGAGUAGUAGAGACAAAGAGAGGGGAAGACACGACUUUGAUUGAACACGAGAAUCACGGUGUUCGAAAUGCCAUAUACUCUGUAACUUGACUCGAGAUGGGACCUCAUCCAUUACUAGACAUUCAUCGAGUGUGCCAACUGAUCAUUUGCUCUGCCUUCUCAUUCCAUGUAUUAAAAGUAAUCCUUUAAGUUCGAAUCCUUAAUGUCUUAAUUACAUAAUCGUUCUCUCUGAUGUCAA